UGACUCAUGGAUCAUCACGUCCUCCUGCUGCUGUGGACCUGCAGCCUCCUGCCAGAUAUCCAGCUCUGUUUCAACUUCGACUCAAAGAACUUCAAGAUCUUCUCUGGCUCUAAAGAAACCCAGUUUGGAUACACAGUCCAGCAGCAUGAGGCCGGAGGACGCCAGUGGCUGCUGGUCGGAGCUCCGUCUGAAUCCACCAGGGGGCAGCAGACCGGGGACGUGUGGAAGUGUCCUCUGGACGCCAGCAGCUCAGUGAACUGCAGCCGACUGCAGCUGGGGAAACUUUCUCUGGACAACGUGUCUGAGAGGAAAGACAAGAUGAGGCUGGGCAUGACGCUGACGUCCAACCCCAGGGACAGCAGCUUCGUGACCUGUGGACCUCUCUGGUCUCAUGAGUGUGGAAGUUCUCUGUACAGCACCGGGAUCUGCUCCAGAGUCGGUCGCAACUUCAGACUGUCCCACACCAUCGCUCCCGCCCUGCAGAGGUGUGAGACGUUCAUGGACAUCGUGAUUGUUCUGGAUGGUUCUAACUCCAUCUACCCGUGGUACGAGGUGCAGGACUUCCUCAUCAACAUCCUGCAGAAGUUCUACAUCGGCUCAGGUCAGACGCAGGUCGGUGUGGUUCAGUACGGCUCCGCAGUGGUCCAUGAGUUCAGCCUGGGUGAGUACCAGACGGUGGAGGAGGUGGUGGAGGCCGCCAGAAGCAUCGACCAGCGGGGCGGCGAGGAGACCAGGACGGCGCUGGGCAUUAACGUGGCGAGGUCAGAGGCGUUCAAACGUGGCGGCCGAACCGGCGCUCAGAAGGUGAUGAUCGUGAUCACAGACGGUGAAUCUCAUGACAGUCCUCAUCUGGUUCAGGCCGUCGGCGACAGUGAGAGAGACAACAUCACCAUGUACGCCAUCGCUGUUCUGGGUUACUACAACCGUCGGGGAAUCAACCCUGAAGCCUUUCUGAAGGAAAUCAAGUUAAUCGCCAGCGACCCGGACGAGAAACACUUCUUCAAUGUGACGGACGAGUCGGCGCUGAAAGACAUCGUGGACGCUCUGGGAGAAAGGAUCUUCACUCUGGAAGGAACCAGCAGUCAGGGUCGGGGGUUCGGGCUCCAGAUGGCUCAGGCUGGUUUCUCCUCACAUCUCGUUAGAGACGGCGUUCUGCUCGGGGCGGUCGGCGCCUACGACUGGACCGGUGCCGUGCUGAAAGAAACUAAACACGGGAAAGUGGUUCCUCCGAAAUCCUCGUAUCAGGAGGAGUUUCCAGAGGAGCUGAAGAACCACGGAGCCUAUCUGGGUUACUCAGUGGGGUCGCUGGUUUCGGCUCGGGGUUCCCAGCUCUACGUGUCCGGAGCGCCAAGGUUCAACCACACCGGCAAGGUCAUCAUCUUCACGCUGAAGAACACGGGAAACCUGACCAUCCUGCAUGGCCUGCUGGGAGAGCAGAUCGGGUCGUAUUUCGGCAGCGAGUUGUGUUCGAUGGACGUAGACGGAGACGGACAUACGGAUGUCCUCCUGGUGGCAGCUCCCAUGUACUACAGCCAGGGUUGGGAGAAAGGGAAGGUUUACAUCUACUCUGUUACACCGCAGACAUCAUUUGUCCUGCAGGGGGCGCUGGAGAUAUCUGACGGCUCUCAGAACUCCCGUCUGGGCUCUGCGUUGGCCCAGAUCCCUGACAUGAACGGAGACGGAUUCAAGGAGCUGGUGGUCGGCGCUCCACUGGAGGACGACCACCAGGGGGCGGUCUACGUGUUCUACGGCCAGGACAAAAGCCUCCAGCGGCGGCCCCGACAGCGCCUCUCUGCAGCCGGACUCCCUGCUGGGCUCAGGUACUUCGGACAGAGUCUUCACGGCGUUCUGGACGUGAACGCAGACGGGCUGGUCGACCUCGCGGUGGGAGCGCUGGGAGCCGCCGUCAUCAUCUGGUCUCGUGGUGUGAUCAGGAUUCAGGCCAAGCUGACCUUUGAACCCGAGAAGGUGAACAUCUUCAACAAGGACUGUCGUCGAGGAGGGAAGGAGGUGACCUGCAUGUCCGUGAAGGUCUGUCUGAGUCUGGAGCCCCGGACCCAGACCAGCACCAGGACCGAUGUCGCUGCUUGGUUCAGCCUGGUCUUAGACGAGAGACGGUUUCCUUCUCGAGUCGUUCUGGACGAAUCCGACCGACAGCAGCCGAGGAUCCUCCUUCUCCAGAGCGGAGGUCAGAGCUGCCAACGCCUCGGCUUCUCCGUCCAGGAGACAGCAGAUUACGGACGUCCCAUCGCGGUCGUCCUGGAGACGGGGAUGCAGAACCCGGACGAGGGGCCGGUGCUGGAUCCUGAUUGGCCGAGCGUCCUGAGGGCCGAGCUUCCUUUCUGGAACGGCUGCGAGCAGGAGGACACCUGCGUCCCAGACCUGGUGCUGCACAGUCACACUGACCUGCUGGACGCUCAUCAGUUCUGCAGCUCCAGGGACCGAGCAGCGCUGUCCCUCUGUGGCCUCCAGGGGGCGCCAGCGGGCUCGGUGUUCGUGGUGGAGUCUCUCCGGAGGAGGGUGCUGGUGUUCGCUCGCCUGGAGAACCUGGGAGAGAACGCACACGCUGCCUCCAUCCACAUCUCCACCUCCUCCAACCUGCUCUUCUCCAGCCUCAUCGUCAAGGACCAAUCAGAUGUUCAGAUUGAGUGCCACACGGAGGACAGCCUGGCCAAUCAGAGGUUCUGUAACGUCAGCGCUCCGUUUAUGAAAUCCUUGUCCCAGGUGUCUUUCCAUCUGGAGUUUCAGCUCAGCCGCUCCGUCUUCCUGGACCAUGUGAGGGUCGUCAUGGAAACCACCAGUGAGGGUCAGGAGGGAAAUCCAGACGACAACAUCAACCACAUCUUCCUGCCUCUGAAGUACCAGACGGAUCUCCUCUUCACCAGAGACCCUAACCCUCCUCGGUUUGAAAUCAAAUCCUCUUCCUCCUCUUCCUCCUGGGACCAGCCGGACGGAAGCUCCUCCUCCUUCAACCUCACUUACUACAUCCAGAACCUGGGCAUCUUCUCCGUGAACAAGGUCCUGUUCAGGGCGGAGAUCUGGGCUGUGACCCUGCAGGGCAACCAGCUGGUGAACAUCACCGACUACAGCAUCAACCAGGUAACAGUUCCAGGCUGCCACUGCACGCUGCCUCAGCUCAGGACCAACCAGGUCACCCCCGAGGACCUGUCUCAUCUGUCACAGCUGAACCACACAAACAGUGUGAACAUGGCGGUGCAGUGUGGACUGAAGCUGCCGACCUCCAGGGAGGUGAAGGUCACCCUCACAGGACGACUCCAGCUUCCUGCUCUUCUCGCUGUGAGCUUCAGGUCUCUGGAGCUUCUGACGUCUGCGUCCGUCCAGCUGGAAGCGUCCAGUCCCAUGUUCCUCCAGGAGGACAGGCCCGUGAGACAGAUUCUGUUGGAGCUGAGGAAGGAGGACGACUCCAGCGUCCCCGUGUGGAUCGUGCUGGGCAGCUCACUGGGAGGCCUGCUGCUGCUGGCCCUCCUGGUCCUGGCCCUGUGGAAGCUCGGAUUCUUCGACAGGCGGCGGCGACAGGAAGAGGAGGAGCAGCCGGUGGCCAAUGGGAAGGCAGCAGAGGAGCUAUGA